CCAGCCCUGAAGUUUCUUUCCAGCUCAACAGGUUGUUGCUGCAGUUACUUACUCAUGAAAUUUAGGUGGGGUUCUCUUCUUCAGUGUCUGCUCUGAUCUCUGCCUUCCUUUUUCUUAUCCUCUCUCUUUCUCUGUUGCUCACACGCUCAAACACAAACCUUUUCACAAGCCUUCCCUGAAGUUUAGCUUUGACCAGGUUACUGAGUAACGGAGCGAGCAUUUUUGCUUGUUGCCAAAGCCACUGAAAACCCGAACAAGAUGGUUAAGUAUGGCCUGGACUAUACCCGGUGCAGAUGGAUCUUGCCUCUUCUUGUGGGCUUGGCAAUGAUCUUUGGCAUCAUUGCCCUAGCUGGCUGGGGCUGGAUGACCACGCAAACCUUCCCGUAUACACGGCGUGCUUCGUUAUGGAGUAUAUGUUUCAUGGAAGAAGGCUGGGUGUGCAGGUCUCUGAUGACUUACGCUUGGGGAAGAGCUGCAGCUGGCACAUUUUUAUGCGGGUUUGUACUCGUUGUAAUCUGUUUUGCCUUGGCCAUCAUCGCAUUUGCCAUUGAUACACUUCGUUUCAACUUCAUUAGAGGAAUAGGAGGCCUUUUGUUUGUGGCAGCGGUGUUCUCACUCAUGGGCCUUGUCAUCUACCCAGUAAUGUUCAACAGAUAUUUGCCUGCCACAGCUGGUGCGGUUACUCAGCUUGAUUGGUCCUAUGGCUUUGGAUGGACCAUGUGUAUUAUGGCAAUAUGUCUUGGGUUCUUCUUUUGCUGCCUCCCCCUCUAUGAAGACCAUAUUUUGGGCAAUGUCAAACCUUAUUAUUAUCCUGAUAUGAUAUAACUGUUACCAAGAGCACGAAGUCCACCUUUUUUGCUUCCUUGGAUGUUUGGCUUCCAAGGAUGUAUACAGAGGAAAACUUUCCCUUGAAUCCCUAUGAACACCCACCUGGCUAUACAUGAUUAGUACUAAAAUGUGGUACAGAGAGUUCAUAACUUUGAAAAACACAUUACGGACUUUUAAAUGUGUUAAAAUAGGAAAUCUUGAUUUAUGUUUGUUGUAAGUUAGCUGCGCCAUUAUACUUCUUCUCCGACUCCCCAGAGGGGGCUGGAACAACAAAGCUUUUAUAGUUGUGUUUUCUGAGCAGGUCACACUACAGCUGUCUUUUUGAAGUAGAGAAGAUUAAUCCAUGAUCCAGUUAAGAUUGGUGCAACCAAAUGUGUUAUACAUUUAACCCAACCUGUUCUGUCUCCAGAAAAACCGAAUUGUACUUAUGACGUUAUUAUAAAUAUCACAUCAUUAUAAAUGUAGAUCUCUUGUGUUGAGCAGUGAAUUUCAUAUGAUUUGUCAAAGAAGAAAUAAUGUGUCAGUGGCAGCAUUAUUUAGCCAAUAUCAUCAGCAUUAUGAUAUGAAACAAUUGUUUUGCCCUAGUAUGGCCCCGGUCACACGGAAGGUUUUGGGCCGGGAGAGGGACGGAUUGGGGGCGCAGCAAACG